AUGUCAGCAUCUAAGAUUCCACUUUGCAAAAUGAAGGACCUGAUACUGAUCCUGUGCCUCCUGGAAAUGUGUUUUGCAGUACCGAUGUUUCCUCAGCAACCUGGGACACCAGGCAUGGCUAGUUUGAGCCUGGAGACAAUGAGGCAGUUAGGGAGUUUGCAGGGAUUAAACACACUUUCUCAGUAUUCUAGAUAUGGCUUUGGGAAAUCAUUUAAUUCUUUGUGGAUGCAAGGCCUCCUUCCUCCACAUUCCUCUUUCCCAUGGAUGAGACCAAGAGAACAUGAAACUCAGCAGUAUGAAUAUUCUUUGCCUGUACAUCCCCCACCUCUCCCAUCACAGCCAUCCCUACAGCCUCAACAGCCAGGACUGAAACCUUUCCUCCAGCCCACUGCUGCAACGGCCAUCCAGGCCACAGCACAGAAGGGAGGCCUUCAGCCGCCAAUUCGCCUGGAAGAGCUGCCAUUGAAGCAAGCAGAAUUGCCAGCCCUUCAGCAGCAGGUGGCACCAGCCGAUAAGCCACCAAAGCCUGAGCUACCAAGACUGGAAUUUGCUGUUCCACCUGGGCCAACAAUAUUCCAAAUAGCCCGCUUGAUAUCUCGGGGACCAAUGCCACAAAACAAGCAAUCUCAAAUUUAUCCAGGAAUGUUUUACAUGUCUUAUGGAGCAAAUCAAUUGAAUGCCCCUGCCAGACUAGGCAUCAUGAGUUCAGAAGAAAUGGCCGGAGGGAGAGGAGGCCCUAUGGCCUAUGGAGCCAUGUUCCCAGGAUUUGGCGGCAUGAGGCCCAGCCUUGGGGGAAUGCCCCACAACCCAGCCAUGGGCGGGGACUUUACUCUGGAAUUUGACUCCCCAGUGGCUGCAACCAAAGGCCCUGAGAAGGGAGAAGGAGGUGUACAAGGCUCCCCAAUGCUGGAGGCUAACCCAGCCAAUCCGGAAAACCCAGAACUGCUUCCAGAAGUGGUACCUGGUGCCCACGCAGGGCUCUUAGCUUUGCCUAAGGAUGACAUUCCCAGCCUGACAAAAGGCUCCACAGGACAAAGGAUGGGACCCUCUGGGGUCACCCCAGCAGCUGCUGACCCACUCAUGACCCCUGAAUUAGCUGAUGAUUAUGGGACCUAUGGUGUUGAUGUGACCACACCCAUGGGUCUCCAGGAAGAAGCCACCAUGGAUACCACAAUGACCCCAGACAGUCAGCAAACAUCCAUGCCAGGAAUCAAAGCCCAGGAGCCCCAGGUUAUGCAUGAUGCAUGGCAUUUCCAAGAGCCCUGA